AAAUGCCUUAUGAGUGACCUUGGGGCUAGCCACCCUUCGGGUAGGUCCUGGGACCGUCCUGUUAAGUAUGGAAGCAGUAGCGGAUUGUCAGACUGUGUGGUCUCAUCAAAGAGCAAGACAAUUACCGUUUUCAUUUUUAUUCUCAUAAAUGUUUUGAAUUACAUGGACAGAUUUACGAUCGCUGGAGUUCCCGAGAAUGUAAAAAGCUACUACAAAAUAAACGACUCAAAACUAGGCCAGCUGCAGACCAUGUUUUUUGUAUUCUACACUAUUCUUAGUCCUAUUGCUGGUUAUCUUGGUGAUCGUUGGAAAAGAAAACGAAUCAUGCAGAUUGGUCUGUCGAUUUGGAUAAUCGUCACUUUGGCGAGUUCUUUCGUUCCUGCUCAUGUACGAUGACAUAGUUAUAAUGCUUUUAGCUAUUCAGCUUAUUUUUGGCUACUCGCUGUUUUGUUGGAAUCGGUGAAGCCAGCUAUUCCACAUUGGCUCCAACAAUCCUAUCUGAUUUGUUUAUGGGGAAUGCAAGAACCAAAGUUUUAGGUCUCUUUUACUUUGCAGCACCUGUUGGAAGGUAAUAUGAGUUGUGAUUAUGUGCUAUAUAACUUAGUUUCGAUUGUUGUUUUAUUCUUUUUAUGGGGACAUUUAAAAGUCAUAUUUAUUUAGAGUUUAAUAACAGCAGUUAUUGCUUAGUGACAAUGGUCAACAUUUGAUUUUUCGCGUAUUAUAUGAAUGAACAUACACAUCCGAUUUGUGUAUAAACUUUGUACAACAAGUUUUCAAUUUAACAAUAAUCUCUUUUUCCUCAUUUGAUCUUAAUUUCUGAAUAUUUAAAUGCUACUAAGUCUAUUACAUUUGCGUAAACUCAGUAGUCGUCUGGUCGUUCUUGAUGUUCAACCCUUUAAUUUGGUUGUGUUUUUUAGCGGACUAGGUUUCAUAGUUGGUUCAGAAAUAACUCGUCUGACAGGAUCUUGGCAAUGGUCUUUACGAAUUACACCGAUUUUGGGCUUACUUUGUAUAAUUUUACUGAGUGUUUUGCAUUCAGAUCCGCCUCGUGGUGAAGCAGAGGGAGGUUCGCACAUGCGUACCACUUCGUGGUGGCUAGAUAUAAAGUCCCUACUAUCUAAUCAAGCCUUUAUGUUUAUUAGCUGUGGAUAUACAUGUGUCUGUUUUGUUUUGGGUUCACUUUCUUGGUUCGCGAUUGAUCUAAUCCAGUCAGCAUUGAAUGCAAUAAACGAUGAUCCUUCUGCCUGGAGGAAUUACAAUAUUCCCAUUGUUGUUGGAGCUUCAACAUGUCUUGCGGGUAUUUUUGGAGUCUUAUCUGGUGCAAAACUAGGUCGUUAUUUACGUCGAUGGGUUCCUGCGGCAGAUGCCUAUGUUUGUUCUGCAAGUCUUCUUAUAUGUGCUCCAUUCUUAUUCUUUGCUCUGGUGUCUCCAUCCUGGAAUUUCUAUGUAUGCAUUGUUCUUGUUUUCAUCGUCGAAUUUCUUCUAUGCAUCACAUGGGCCCUUGUGACUGAUAUGACUAUGGGAGUAGUUAUUCCUACUCGCCGUUCGACAGCAUCUGCUCUUCAAAUGGUUAUGAGUCAUGCACUAGGAGAUGCCAUCAGUCCGGCUAUUGUUGGUCGGAUUGCAGUAGCUUUUACAGAUCUGCAUUCAUUAGAAACACAAUAUUUAGGCUUACAAAGAGCAUUAUUUCUUACUGCGUUUGUUUGUGCUCUAGGUGGUUUUUUAUUUCUUAUGGUUACUUUGUAUUUGGUUAAAGCUAAGAAUGAUGUUCAUAGAGCUAUUCAAGCUUCUCAACAUGACAUGGUUGCUGUAAUAAGCGGACAAGAAAUUGAGGUUCCUGCAACUCCAUCAUCUAUUCAUAGUGAAGUGUCCACUUGAUCAAAUACAUUCAUCAUAUAUAUGUAUAUGGUUUUCAUAUUUAUGCAUCUCUUCAAGUUUAUAUUGCUCAUAUUAUCUCUCGAUAUUAAAUUAUUUUAUUUCUGUUUCCAUCGUCUUCCUGUAUUAUAAAAGUAAAUCAAUAGCAAAUAGAGAGAAUUUUAAUACAUUGAAAGGUCAGCAUUUGUUUUGCUUGUAGUUACAUCUGUGUCACUCUUAUAGAUUGUCUAUGCUUGUCUAUCUAUCUUAUCAAGGGAGUAGAUUUUGUGUCUUGUUGAACUAACAUAUUUAUUGUUAGAUUUGUGAAUUACUUGUUCUCUUUUUCUAAGUAUCAUUAUUAUUUUUUAUUCUCUUUACUUAUCAAUACAGAAAUUGUACUGUUCUUUGUAUAUUCAAUUUAAUAAUACGUAAAUGAAUAAAUCAUCAUUGUAAUUUGUAAUUGGCUAAUUUCAACAGUUUUUUGAAGAUAAGAUAUCAGUUAACCAUUUUUGUGUAAAAUAUUCGGUUUUAAUAGGGAUUUCUUCUCUAUAUAUUUUCUUUUCACUUACAUUUCAUAAAUAAUUUUAAUAGGUGAACUAUUGGGUUUAUCAAAUCAUAAUAAUUAUCUGAUAGAAAGAU